UAAUAGUUUCAGCACACAAAGGUUAAUAAGCCACCAUGAAGGUCGUCAUCCUUGCUAUUGCUUGCCUGCUGGCUUCCGUCAGCGCUUUGCCCAACCAACAAUUCACCGAGCUCGAGGCAGCGCUCAUUACCAGAAACAAUGGGCUGAUCACUGGCCAAAUCGUCCAGCAGAUCGAAAAUGUGGCUCAGACCAUCCGUGAUGCUGGCUUAGACCCUCUUGAGCUCGAUAAAGAAAUCGAAUAUGCCCUGCCUGUACCUUCCAUCUUAAACUUGAAGGCUGCGCUUAGAGGUUUCCUCUUCAGAGGUUUGAGCAACAUCGUCGUCAACAGGAUGAAUUACGCCGUCUUGACCUCCAGGCUGACCUUCAACGUUGAGCUUCCGGAAAUUGCUUUAAGCGUCGGUGUUGCUGAUUGGGAUGUGAAUAUUUUUGACAGGAACUUCAACGGAAUUGUUAGUGGACGUGUUGCUGUGAAGAACAUUGUGAUUGCCGGAGAAGUUCGUGUGAGCCUUGGCGUCAUCAGUGGCAUUAGCCUCAGGAGUAUGGAAGUGACCUUGAACGUUGGAAAUAUUGAAUCUAACCUGAACGUGGCGCUGCAAGGAGUGAACUAUUCCCAUCAUAUCAAUAACUACUUGGGCGUGACUGUUCCUGGAACUCUAAGAGCUUAUCAGAGCGACAUCAACGAACUGAUAACCAUCGUCGCCACGGAAGUCGUCGAAAAAAAUUUGUUAACAAAUUUGAAUUGAACACACACGAAAGAAAAAAAUUAUUACGAAAAGGCAAUGUUUGGAUAAAUAAAGAUUAAUUUAAUGAAAA